GACUAGAAGAAGUAAUUCAUUAAAUUGAAAAAUUAAAAGCACUCAUGGUGGAAUGGACAGAUGAAUUCAAGAACGAUCCCCAACUUAGUCUGAUAUCUGCUAUGAUAAAGAAUCUUAAGGAGCAAGGUGUUAUGUUUCCAGUUAUUGGUUCACAGGCUGCAGAACAAGCAAAAGCAAGCCCAGCUCUAGUAGCUAAAGAUCCUGGAAUAGUAGCAAACAAAAAGGAAGAGGAGGACCUAGCUAAAGCCAUUGAAUUGUCACUUAAGGAACAAAGACAACAACAAACAACGCUUUCCAGUCUUUAUCCAAGCACCUCAAGCCUCUUAACAAAUCACAAGCAUGAGGGCCGAAAGGUUCAGGCUAUUUAUGACUUUGAAGCUGCUGAAGAUAAUGAAUUAACAUUUAAAGCUGGAGAACUUAUCACUGUGCUUGAUGACAGUGAUCCAAACUGGUGGAAAGGUGAAACUCAUCAAGGGACAGGAUUAUUUCCUUCUAAUUUUGUAACUGCUGAUCUUCCUGCUGAACCAGAAAUGAUGAAAGCCGAGAAGAAAACAGUGCAAUUUAGUGAUGAAGUUCAAGUUGAAACAAUUGAACCAGAGCCUGAACCAGUUUAUAUCGAUGAAGAUAAAAUGGACCAACUGUUACAAAUGUUGCAAAGUGCAGAUCCAACUGAUGAUCAGCCAGACCUCCCGGAGCUGAUCCAUCUUGAAGCAAUGUGCCAUCAAAUGGGACCUCUCAUUGAUGAAAAGCUAGAAGACAUUGACAGGAAACAUUCAGAGCUCUCAGAGCUCAAUGUUAAAGUGAUGGAGGCACUCUCUUUAUAUACCAAGUUGAUGAAUGAGGAUCCAAUGUAUUCGAUGUAUUCAAAACUACAAAACCAACAGUAUUAUAUGGCUCAAUCUGGUGUUUCUGGCUCUCAGGUUUAUCCAGGGCACCCUCAAAGCAAUGCAUACUUGGUAGCAGGAAAUGCACAGAUGAGUCAUGUUCAAGCUUACAGUCUUCCAUCGGAGCAACUUCCGCCUCUGAAUCAAAGCACAGUUCCUCCAGCAGCAAGCUCUGGAUUACCUACCCAGCCUGUUCAGACACCUUACACAAAGUAAUAAUGGAUGUUGUUUGGUUCUUUUAUUGUUUGUUUGUUUUGUUUUCUUGAUUUAUUGUAUUUAUUGUAUU